AUGGACCGCUACAGGUACUUCAUUUUGAACCAAAAGCGUGUACUCGUCCUCGGUGUCCUCCAAGUGGCAUGCGCGGCUCUCUGUGUGAUCUGCGGCUUCAUGGAUGCUGUUUUCCGCAAGGAUACCCCGUUGAGCACCACCAGGACACCAGUGUGGGCCGGAAUGAUCAUGGCUUGUCCUGGCGUUUUGGCUCUGUUUGCAUCUCAAAGGAGAAACUCAAUACUGGUGAGUGCGAUGGUGGCAGCCGCGUGCCUCUCUUGUGCGGCUUCAGUAUUUGUACUGGGCUAUACUUGUCUAACGCUCACUUAUGGAGAGGAAGAUCAGGAAGUCUUCCACCAUCAUGACAGUCCCAAAGUGACAUUUGUGCUGCAUCGGAUGGUUAAGGGCGCCAACGCCACCAUGUUGCUGAGCUGCUUCAUCAGCCUGCUCCUGUCCUCUCUCAUCGCUUACGUGGGUUGCUGUAGUCUACCCCGGUGUGGCUGCUAUGACGCUCGAACUGGACUGGAGACACUGAUUCCACAGUGUGACCCAGGAGAUGCUGAGAUGGUGUGUACCUGGCAAGCUGGGGGUGACGACAGGCUCUUCAACUCUCCAGCUCGGCCGACAGACUGUGGCACCACGGAGCAGGAAGGUUCCUCCAAGCUGCCUCCAUACAGCAGACUAACCUAA